CGUCCAGAAAUUUUGUCAAUGUUUGCCACGGCAAAAAAUCAGAAUUAUUUGUUUUUUUGAAUUUACUGUUCACACCCCGAGCUCAUUUGAGCUGGGGAGAAGAAUAGGAUUUUCGAUUCCUUCCUUCUUACAUCAGCUCAGUUUGGUCUUCUAUAACUGUAGCUUGCUCCAGUUCUCUAAUCCACAGCACGAGCGGACUGGUUCCACGAAAGACCAACGUGCGUUCCAGCUGAAGGUAGGACCUCGCUAUCACGCUGACGGGCCGCAGAUUAUCGCAGGGACUAUCAAACUGAACCCCAUGGCAAAGUCUUACCUUUAGACAAUCGCAAGUAGCAGGUCUACCUACUGAUGGACAAAGCUCUUCGUUUUCUUUACUGCAAUCGCGCCGAUUGAGCACCUCAGGUCCAUAAAAAUACUGGCACCAGAUCGGACGCGCUAGCUAGUUUCCUCUGCCAUAUAAGUGCACAGGUUGCUCCGUGGCACAUAGGGACGCCUCUCCCUUGCAAGGCCUUGCAAAAAACCAAAGAGUGCCAUGGUGACCAUCAGCUCGGCGAGUACAAAACCGACAUGGAUAUCCGCGCUGCUGCUCGUCCUGGCCACGACGACUAUUCGUGUCCAUGGCCAGUCUUCUACCUCCGGGUUCAUAAGCCUCGACUGUGGAUACAGAAACACUACUCCCUACACCGACCACAAGAUACAAGGAAUACAGCACCAGUCCGACGUUGGAUUCAUCGAGGGCGGUUUGACCAACCAAGUUGCAGCAGCGUUCAUGGCUGGUGCGGAAUAUGAGAGCCAAAAAACCUUGAGGAGCUUCCCCAACGGCUCAAGGAAUUGCUACACGCUGCCAUCUGCCACUGGUAAAAAGUUUCUGGUGAGGGCCUUGUUUACUUACGGCAACUACGAUGGGUUGAACAGGACUAUGGACGGAUCGCUGUUUCGGUUUGGGCUCCAUAUCGGUGUCAAUUUCUGGGAGGCGGUAAACUUGACAAAUAUGCAUCCAUCAAGCACCAUAUGGAAGGAAGUGCUCACCGUUGCUCCAGGCGACUCCGUGUCAGUCUGUCUGAUAAACUUCGGUACAGGGACUCCGUUCGUGUCUUCAUUGGAGCUGAGGCCACUGCAAGAUGCGAUGUACCCUUUUGUGAAUUCUUCGAUGUCAAUCAGCUACUUCAGACGAAUACGAUUUGGUACUGCCACUGAAUAUAUCACAAGAUAUCCAUUGGACCCUUACGACCGGUUCUGGGAGGGCUGGUCUUUCUCCUACAACACCUACCCCUGGAUGACCCUAAACACUAGCACUCAAGUGAGGAGGCUACCCGGCGACAACACCUUCCAGGUACCAGAGGGCAUCCUCCAGGGGGCCACAACACUAGACACAAACUACUCCUUUUUCGAGAUCAACGUGGCGGCGGGUCCCAACCUGGACGCCAAGAACCUGCAGCUUCUCCCGAUCUUCCACUUUGCCGAGAUCAACAUCAGCAACCAGAACAGGAGGUUCGACAUCUACAGCGACAACGACUUGCUGUUUCCAGACUUCUCGCCGUCACGAUUCCAGGCGGACAGCAUGCACCAAAACGGGCGGUUCUUGCACAACCCUGCUGCGAUCUUCCUCCUGAACAAGACACGCAGCUCAAGGCUCCCGCCGCUCAUCAAUGCGUUUGAGGUGUACUCGCCAGUGCGGAUGGAUAACCUCACCACUGAUGCCGAGGAUGCCCAUUAUAUGAACGAAGUCAAGAAGCACUACAAUUUGGCACGAAUAAACUGGAAUGGAGAUCCAUGCUCCCCAAGAGAGUAUUCCUGGGAAGGUUUGACUUGCGACUACUCCAAGAGGAACCAGAAUCCAAGGAUUGUUGCAGUAGAUUUAUCUACCAGUGGACUGAAAGGUGGAUUGGUCAUAGCCUUCAUGAACAUGGUAUCAUUGGAAAACCUGGAUUUAUCACACAACAAUUUGACCGGAGCUAUUCCAGACUACCAAAUAAAGUCACUCAGAGUUCUUGAUUUGUCAUAUAACCAGCUCGAUGGACCAAUCCCUGAUUCCAUUCUUCAAAGAUCUCGGGCCGGUAUUCUUGACUUAAGGUUAGAAGGCAAUCCCGUAUGCUCCAAAGUCAAAGAUACGUACUGUUCAAACAAGAAGAAAAACAAAUCUACCAUGCUCAUCGCAGUGAUAGUUCCUGUAGUACUAGUAUCCCUCCUAGUAGUGAUGUGCAUACUCUGGAAAUUGUGCUGGAAAGGGAAGUCAGCAGAUAAUGAGGAUUAUGCUAUGUAUGAAGAGGAAACGCCCCUACAUAUUGAUAUCAGACGGUUCACGUACGCAGACCUGAAACACAUAACAAAUGACUUCAAACAAAUUGUUGGAAAAGGAGGUUUUGGUACUGUUUAUCAUGGCACAAUGGAAAAUGGUGAUGAAGUAGCUGUUAAGGUGCUUAUGGAGACAUCAAUAGCGGAGUCAACAGAUUUCCUCCCUGAGGUGCAAACCUUGUCCAAAGUUCAUCACAAGAAUCUUGUGACUCUACAAGGAUAUUGCCAGAACACGAAGUGCCUAGCCCUCGUUUAUGACUUCAUGCCCAGAGGAAAUCUUCAACAGCUUUUAAGAGAAGGAGAUGACUACAGUUUGACUUGGGAACAGAGACUUCAUAUUGCACUUGAUUCGGCACAAGGACUGGAAUAUCUACAUGAGUCAUGCACCCCAUCAAUAGUUCACAGAGAUGUCAAGACGGCCAACAUCCUUCUGGACAAGAACCUGGUCGGGAUAAUAGCUGAUUUUGGGCUUUCGCGGGCUUUCAACGAUGCACACACACACAUAUCUACAGUUGCUGCUGGCACUCUCGGCUACCUCGACCCUGAGUACCAUGCAACUUUCCAGCUCACCAUCAAGACAGAUGUUUACAGCUUCGGCAUUGUGCUCUUGGAGAUCAUCACUGGCAAGCCCCCGGUAUUGAUGGACCCUCACACCUACCACCUACCAAACUGGGUACGCCAGAAGAUUGCAAAAGGCGGUAUCCAAGAUAUCGUGGACAAGAGGCUGUUGGAUCAGUAUGACCCCAGUUCCCUGCAGAGCGUAGUGGACCUUGCCAUGAACUGCGUAGAAAGUGCAGCCGUCGACAGGCCGAGCAUGACCGAGGUUGUUUCAAGGCUAAAAGUGUUGUUGCCGACGACUCCAAGCUCGAAAGUGUAUGCUUCCGCGUCCUCUACGAAGUCCACGAAUGACAUAAUGCGAAAGCAGUUCCAGCUGUUGAUUUCUGGAGACGGCAACGAGGAGAGCUCCAGCUCCUUCCAGUCUGGCUAUACCAAUCAGUCUGGCUAUACCAGUCGGAUGGCAGAGCUGCCCGCCUUAUCUGGACGGUGAAAGGAAAAUGCCUACCGAGUUAUUGUUGUGUCUGCUUAGACAGAGUUUUGUAGUUUGGUCAACUUGUGAUGGUUGGUUGUUCAUAAACAGAAAUCCAGUCAUUUUGUUUCUGAAUUCUAAUCUUGCUUGUUGUUUGGAUGAGGGGUAAAAAAAAAUAGUGCGAGCUUUGGUAUUUUUUGUUCAA